AUGGGAGGAACCCUUCAAGCUACACUUCUCUACUUGGUUCUCUACUUGGUUCUUUUGCAUAUAUGCAGGUGCAGCAACAUUGCUGUUUCCCAAGAUGAAGAAUGGAAGACUGCUACUGCAACAUAUUCCAAAGAAACAGAUGGGUCUAUUAUUACUGAAGGUGCUUGUGGUUAUGGGGACCUUCACAAGAUCAGCUAUGGGAAACACAGUGCUGGGCUGAGUGGCAUUUUAUUCAACAAAGGGAGUACAUGUGGGGCUUGUUAUGAGCUAAGAUGUGUUGACCACAUCUUGUGGUGCCUGCAAGGGAGCCCCUCUGUUACCCUCACUGCUACAGAUUUCUGCCCUCCAAAUUAUGGGCUUUCAAAAGAUUAUGGCGGCUGGUGCAAUUUCCCUAAAGAACACUUUGAGAUGUCAGAGGCAGCAUUCGCUGAAAUUGCAAGGAGAAAAGCUGAUAUUGUGCCAGUUCAGUAUAGGAGGGUGAAGUGUGAGAGAAGUGGGGGGCUGAGAUUCAUGAUGAGUGGAAGUUCUCACUUCUACCAAGUCUUGAUUACAAAUGUAGGUUCAGAUGGGGAAAUACUUGCUGUCAAGGUGAAGGGUUCGAGAACCGGUUGGAUACCGAUGGCCAGGAACUGGGGACAGAACUGGCAAAGCAAUGUCAAUCUUAAAGGGCAGCCUCUUUCCUUUGAGGUAACCAUCAGUAGUGGAAGAACACUCACAUCUUAUAAUGUUGCUCCAGCAAACUGGCAGUUUGGUCAGACAUUUGAAGGGAAACAGUUCUAGCAUGGGAAGCAUGUAAGUUUGAACCUGAAAUGCUCUGGCUAUCAGAUUAUCAUUUCUGAAAUGUGGCUGUCUGAUUGGAACCUCUGAGUCCUGAUCUCAUCAGUUUUGAAGAUUUAAACAGAACUUGAACAUUUACUCAUGGUCAUGUGUCCUUGUAUCACUCCAAUUUUUCCGCUAUCCUACAAAGUUUAGGUUGUGGUCAAAAAGAAGAGAGAAAAUUGUAGAAGAAAGUUGAAAAAAGGGGAAUACGAGGUCCCAGUUUUGUUUCUUAAUGAUAUGAUGAUUAGAAAAUUUAGUAUUUGAUGGAACAUGUAAUUAUUUAAAAUUAAAGUUA